AUGGCAGAUCUACCAAGCACGCAGGAUUUGAUGCCUAUCCUCGCUGAUGAUCUCAUGCGAGAUAGAGCUCGUCAAUUUGUAGAAUUCUUGGAUGAUGAUACACAAGCGAACUACAACUACCGAGAAUCGAUUAAAAGAAUGUUGGAUAUGGAACAAGUUCGACUCAUAGUCAAUUUAGACGAUUUACGAGAUUACGAUAGAGUUUACGCAGAUGGUUUACUAUUACAACCAACGUCAUACUUACCGGCUUUGGAUGCAGCUCUCAUGCAGCUCGUACAGAGUCUACAUGACCCUGUGAAACACAGAAUUACCGGAAAUGAAUACUACGUUGGAUUGAGAGGUUCAUUCGGUCAACAACAUUGCAACCCUCGAACAUUGAGAAGUCAUCAAAUUGGAAAGAUGGUCAGCUUAGAAGGUAUCGUCACUCGAUGUUCACUCGUACGACCUAAAAUGCUCAAAUCAAUUCAUUUUUGCCAACCUACUGGAAAAUUCCACUCUAGAUCAUAUCACGAUGCGACCAUCAUUGCUCCUUCAUCAACAAUGACAGGUUCAACGACCGUUAUCCCUCAAGAUGAUGGUGAAGGUCAUCCACUGCUUAUGGAAUAUGGUCUUUCAACUUUUAGAGAUCAUCAAACUAUAUCUAUACAAGAAAUGCCUGAACGUGCACCAGCGGGUCAAUUGCCAAGAGGUGUAGAAGUGGUCUUGGCGGAUGAUCUAGUAGAUUGCUGUAAACCAGGUGAUCGAAUACAGUUAGUUGGUGUGUAUAAAUCAUCAGGUGGUGGUGCAGGUGCAAGAGGAUUCCAGACAUCUAUCAUAGCCAAUAAUAUAAUUUUACUAUCAUCAAAACAAGGUGGUGGAAUCGCUCAAACACCACUUACAGAUACCGAUAUUCGAAAUAUCAAUAAAUUGUCGAAACGGAAAAACAUUUUCCAACUUUUGUCUCAAUCACUCGCACCGUCCAUCUUUGGCUCAGAUUACAUCAAAUCCGCUAUAUUGCUUCUACUCCUCGGUGGUGAAGAGAAGAAUCUGAAAAAUGGUGCUCAUAUAAGAGGUGACAUCAAUAUUCUCAUGGUUGGUGAUCCUUCCACAGCGAAAUCGCAAAUGCUUCGAUUCGUUCUCAACACUGCUCCCUUGGCAAUCGCCACUACAGGUAGAGGAUCUUCAGGUGUUGGUUUGACUGCUGCGGUCACAACGGAUAAAGAUACUGGUGAAAGGCGUCUUGAAGCUGGUGCAAUGGUAUUGGCAGAUAGAGGAGUAGUCUGUAUUGAUGAGUUUGACAAAAUGUCAGAGGUGGAUCGAGUAGCAAUUCACGAAGUAAUGGAACAACAAACAGUCACAAUCGCCAAAGCCGGUAUACACACUUCUCUCAAUGCAAGAUGUAGCGUAGUAGCUGCCGCAAAUCCCAUUUAUGGACAGUACGACGUUCACAAAGAUCCUCAUCGAAAUAUCGCUCUUCCCGAUUCCCUCUUAUCCCGUUUCGAUUUGUUGUUCGUUGUUACAGACGAUACAGAUGAACAAAGAGACAGAAUGAUCUCGGAGCAUGUACUGAGGAUGCAUAGAUACCUUCAACCUGGAGUCGAGGAAGGUGCUCCAGCGAUUGAAAACCUCUCGCAAAACCUUGAUGUAGGAGGGGACGAAGCUGAAUCACGUAUAGUGGAAACUCCCGUUUUCGAGAAGUUCAACCCACUCCUUCAUGGAGGAGUAACCACUUCUUCAGGCCGAGGCGCAAACAAGAAGAAGGAAGUCUUGAAUAUAGCCUUUGUAAAGAAAUACAUUCAGUAUGCCAAGAACCGUUGUCAUCCAACCCUGACCAAAGGUGCUGCAGAUUGGAUCGUCAGUGUUUAUAGUGCGUUGAGAAACGAUGAUCUCGCUGGAAACCAGAAGAGGACAUCGCCACUUACCGCUCGUACACUCGAGACACUCAUUCGUCUUUCUACCGCACACGCCAAAGCUCGAUUGUCGCCCUCCGUGGAUGAGCGAGAUGCUAUGGUAGCAGAGGAGAUCCUUCGAUUCGCUCUGUUCAAGGAAGUUCUCAAACCCGAACGAAGAAAGCGAAGGAAGCUCAAUGCUGGAGCAUCCGUAGAUGACUCAGAUGAGGAAGAUGAAGACGAAGAAGAAGGUGGCGAAGAGGAAGUCACCAGAGUGACAGCUUCACAAAGAGAAAGAGCACGGGAGAAGAAUCGAAGAAUGGAGGGUGGGCCUUCAUUAAGAGGCAAUACACCUGGUUUACCUGCUGUACCAGGCGUACCUGCGGAUGAAGAAGAUGAUGUAGAAAUGAGAGAAGCGGAAACAUCUUUAUUAGCUACUCCAGGUGGAAAUGGUCAUGGAGAUGCAGGAGAAGAAAGCGAAGCUAUUCAAGAAACAGAUGCUGAAAUAUCACCUGCAAGAUUAGAUUUAUUCCGAAAUAAGUUAUCAACAAUAUUCGAAAAUCAAUUAGAUGCAGAUGGAACUAUAGAGAUCACAGAUCUGGUACCUAAAGUGAAUGAAGGUUUGAAUACAGAUGAGUUAUUCGGCAACAGAGAAGCCAGAACGGCAAUCCAAAGAAUGAGCGAUAGGAACGAAGUCAUGUUUGCUGAUGGAACUGUAUAUAAAGUUUAG